AUGAAGAUGCAAUUUUUCAUCCAUUUGAACACUUUUUCCAGGAAGCUUGUUUCAGUGUUUGGUUCAACGGGACCCUACUACAUAGUGAAGGCUGCAGUCAUGGUAUACAGUGGUUCCGCUCUCAUUGCUGUUGUCACUGUGGCUGUCUCUGUAGGUUGGUUUGAUAGAAAAUUUCUCAAGGAUUGGAACCCUAUGACAGAAGAAGAUGAAAUGUUUGCUCCUUCUAAAUACAUAAGUCAACGAUUAUGCUGGCUUCAUAAUUAUUCAUUAAUUGUUGGAUUUUUGAUGCCUAUCGCUAUAGCUCUCGUUAUAAAUAUAUUUGGCUUCAUCGCAAUUUCAAAAGCAAUUACUUGUGAUCGGUCGAAGAUACUAUUAAAGUCAAACCAAAAGAAAACUUCACUUCAGGAGGCAAAGACUUAUCUUACAAGAGCCAUUAUCUUCACUUUUUUACUAGGACUAGCAUGGCUAUUUGCUAUUCCUUUAACAAUGUCCGAUGAUGAUAAAACGAACAUUGUGUUUGGAUGGCUGUUCUCUGUCGCCAACUCAUUGCAGGGUUUCUUUGUCUUUUUUCUAUUUUGCAUUCGAAGAAAAGAUGUUCGUGAUUUAUGGACAACAGAAGUAUUAAAACUAUUAUGCAUAAAAAGAAAAGAUAGUCAUGUGAAAGGUCAGCUGAAGAUACAUGGAACACCAGGAACAAGUACACCACAGACUAAAAAGACUGAUUUAACAGUAACAUACACGAAGACUAACAAAGUUAAAGUUUGA